UACAGCAUUUCUAUGCAAUGCAGAGUUUUGAUUGCUGGGUUGCGCUGGAGCCGCUUUUCGUUGCUGUUACGCAUAUUUGGAAUUAGGUGCCGCACUAGAGAAUUUACCAGUACGCGAUUGACAAACCCAUCAUUUGUUGUGUUUUUUUAAGAGUGGGAGCCCAGUGUCGUGCGAUUGUUUAACGUAUGUGAUAUCAGCCAUUCGUGACUAAGAAGGAAGCAGUAAAUCGUGAAAGAAGACGGAUUUAUCUUUUUUCAAUUCAGCUAUCCUAAAUCGUUCUUUACGCAAGCAUUUUUAAUGUUUGUCAUUUUUCCGACUGUCCUCUCUGCGCUGUAUUCUACCAGAUGACAUGAGCUGAGCGACCUUUCCUGGGAGGGUGCAGCGCUUCCAUAUGUUUGUGAGUGUGUGUUUUUCACCAAGCCGGCUGUACUGAAUCUCUGCGCUCCGGCGUUCACUUUUGCUGCAUGUGAGCACAUGCGAUGCUUCAUCAGGCGGCGACACUUUUUCCGGAUCGAGACAUUAAAAACAAACAAUCACAAAAGCCACAACAAACCAAAAUAAGCAGACUUUGAAGGGUGCACGUGUGGAGCCGCUCAGUUUGCCAACUACAUCUGCAGUGUUGCCGUAAGACAGACAGAACGAGAGAGGGAGAGAGAGAGAGAGAGGGAGCGAGGAAAAAUCCUUCGUCCCCUGAUCCCUGUUUGCCUGCACCCUCUAGCUGUGAAUGGGCUGUGUGCUUUGUGAUUAUCUGCAGUCACUUUAGAGUCAUUUCUGGAAGAAGAUGGCGGACAGGGCUGAGAUGUUUUCUAUUUCCACCUUCCAUUCGCUCUCUCCUCCAAGUUGCAGGUCAGCCCAUGACAUCAGCCUGGAAGAAUUUGAUGAUGAGGAUUUAUCAGAAAUUACAGAUGACUGUGGAAUUGGACUAAAUUAUGAUUCAGAUCCUUAUGAGAAGGAUUGCCUCAUUCUUGAAAAGAAUGACCUGCAUCAUCCAGUGUGUUCCUUUCAAGAUGACUUCCAGGAAUUUGAGAUGAUUGAUGAUAAUGAUGAUGAAGAAGAUGAAGAGGAAGAAGAACCUGACUCUGAUAUACCUCCUUCUCCAUCUGCUUCUCCCCCUGGUUCACCCUUUGCAACCACUACACUAAAGAGCAGGCCAACUACAUUGAACCUCAGUGCCCCAGUCUCACAGGAUUCAUUAAACAAUAAUGGAAGUCUUUCUCCACGGAAAGCUAGUUGGCAGGAGACUCUGCGUCACUCUUCGCCACAUGGACAUUUGUCUCCUACCCAUUCUUGCCUCGAAGAUGGAAACCAUUUGAAUGGUGAAUGUCCUGCAUCUCCUAGUACAGAAACUCAGAAUAAUGGUACACCUACAAAAGCCUCAGGGAACACUGAGCAGACUCAGUCACCACUCAGGCCCCUCCUGUUCGACUUUGAGGGCAACAGACGGGAAACCUUGGAAUACGGGUCUUGUGGUCAGCAAAAAAUGUCAACAAGUUCAGACACUGGAUUGGAGCCUAGCACUGAUGGAAGCAGCUCAGUUUCAAAUACCAUAGAGAAAACCGUGGGCAGUCCAGCUGAUGAAAUUGACCUUGAAAAGACCAGUUAUGAUGAUAAAAAGUGGUUGUGUCAACCAAAGCUGCCCAGUGAUAUCUAUGCUGGUGAGGCAGCGUUGGACAAAGAGGUGGAAUAUGAUUUGACUUCUGAAACAAGCAAAACAAGAAGUGAAGACUCUAGUUCUCCUUUGUCAGAUGAAGACUUGCUAAAACAUAUUGAAUGUAUGUCCAAACAAAUGGAAGAACACAACAUGGAAGAGGCUGAACACUCAUCCUAUGUUGAGUUUCCCUCAAUUGAACCUGCGUCCUUUAGCAAUAAUGGUUUUGCAUGUAGUCAAGCAGAUAUAGAAUUUUUCAGGUCUGAAAGAAUUAGCCAUGCAAGUAUGCAUGGUCAUCCAUCUUCCUCAUCGAAUGAAAUGACUUCUCCAUCUUCUGACCCUGGCAUUGAGGCUGACCUCACCAGUAAAAGCUGUAAAAGAUAUCCACCCUCUAGUCUUAACCUUGAUGAUCUUAACUCGCCAGGAUCUGAUUCAGACAUUGAAAGAGAACUAGAAGCUGCCUUUGCUUGUGGAGGUCAGUUAGUCAGCAAUAUGAUUUCAUCCAUUUCAGAAACAGAAUUAGACCUCACCAGUGAAAGCAGCAGUGGCAGAUCUUCACACCUCACCAACUCAAUUGAAGAAGCCAGCUCUCCUACAACUGACCAGGAACUAGAGACAGAGUUGGAAGCUGAAAGUGGUAUAAUUGCUAUCAAGACUUCCCUACUUCUUGGUCAGUCAGACAACAAUAUGAUAACUUCAUUUACAUCAGAACUAGACAUCCCUCCACAAGUUGACGCUGAUCAGUCACUCAUUGGGCUUCAUGAUGUUGCUGAAAUGACUUAUGAACAUGCAGCUGACCCUGAUGAAACCCUACCCCCUGCUGAUCAAGAUGAGAGCCUGGCAAGACAGUUAGUCUUAAAAAUUGAACCAGACCAUAGUUUAGAGAGUUUCAAGAGGUCAUUUUAUCUUCCAGUUGGACCCAAACUUAUGCCAGAAGCUGAAGACGAUGAAGGUAAUAGUGAAUAUGAAUCUGACUCGGAAUCUGAAGCAGAGUUAAGUGAAGAUUCUGAUUCCCCUUGGCUUCUGAGUAAUCUUGUAAAUAAAAUGAUUUCAGAAGGCUCGUAUCCCAUCAACUGUCCAGAGGAUUGCUUCAAAAGGUCUGACUCAAUAUCGGACACAAUUUCACCAACAUCUGAUAUAGAGAUAGACACCUUUAAUGAGCCUAUAUGCAACCAGAUUGAAGAUUUAGGACCAAGCACAGGAGGUUCGGCUAAAGAAGAAAGCAAUCAAAGUAUACUGGACAGAGAUGUCGACAGCACAGAGAACUGUAAUUAUGCGGAUUCUGAAAGCGUGGCUAAAGAAAAGACAAUGUAUUCAGAAUUUAAUGCACAUUCAGCUGGUUCCAAUGAAACUUCAAACUUGUGUUUGUACAUAAGCAAUCCAACUAAUGAUACAAUCACUCCUGUUUUCAUUGAUCGAUAUAACAGCAAAGCUAGUGUACAGAAUUUAACAGAACUGGGAAUGUGUGAGAAAAGUAAAAGCCCUAGAAAAAAUAAUGAGUUUAUUGUUGACACAAAGAACCAUGAAAAAGAAGCAACAGAGCCCAACAAUGACUUGUCUAUGACAAUUCAGAAUUGCCUGUCUCCAUGUAUAAGUGAGCAUUUGGAGGAUGACAAAGAUCAAGGUCGAGAGAGCAAGGAGGACAUUAAUUUGCUGAAUCGCAUUAAAGAAGCCAAGAACACUUUAACUUUAGAUAUACCCACUGCUCAAGCAAACCAUGGCUUCAAUCUAACAUAUUCUUCUGAUCACAAUGAUGAAUCAUUUAUGGAAAGCAUCAAAAACUCUCAGUACAAUAGUCAAAUUUCAAAUGACUCUCCUACAGUACACAAUAACAUAGAAGAUCUUCCCUCUUUGAAUGUACUGGUUUCUAAGCAGAUGGAUGAGUCCUUGGUAUAUGACUCCAUAAAGUAUACUUUAGUGGUAGAUGAAAACACAACCUUGGAGCUAGUUAGCUUGAAAAGGUGCACAUCAGUUUUAAGUGAUGACAGUGAAAUCUCUACCCUCUGUGAUAAUUGUGACCUGGAAGCAGAUGAUGAAUUUGGGGUUGAUGUUGAUAGACCAGAAAUCUUCAGCUCUUCAGAGGGUUCAUCUCCAGAAGCUGAUGUCCAGUUUUCUAAGAAGUUCCUGAAUGUAUUUGUGAACAGCACAUCACGCUCAUCUAGUACAGAAUCAUUUGGCCUGUUUUCAUGUACUAUAAAUGGAGAAGAAAGGGAGCAGACACACAGAGCAGUUUUCAGGUUUAUUCCACGACAUGAAGAUGAAUUGGAAUUGGAUGUUGAUGAUCCCCUCUUUGUGGAAGUAGAAGAGGAUGACUACUGGUAUCGAGGGUACAACAUGAGGACUGGAGAGAGGGGUAUCUUUCCAGCAUAUUAUGCCCAUGAAGUGGUGAGCCAAGCCAAAGAUUUAAUAGGAAUAAAGCGAAACACUGGUUGGGUAGAGAAGUUUGAAGUUCAGUUUCUGGGCUCUGUGGAAGUUCCUUAUCACCAAGGCAAUGGAAUUCUUUGUGCUGCCAUGCAGAAAAUUGCAACCACCAGAAAGCAGACAGUACACCUGAGACCUCCAUCCACAUGUGACUUAGAAAUUAGCCUCCAAGGAAUCAAAUUAAUCAUGAGCUUAAGUGACUAUGGAAUGGAUGAUGAGUUUGACAGGUGCAGCCAUUUUUUCCAGAUGAAGAACAUCUCCUACUGUGGCUGUCAUCCUAAAAACAGCUGCUAUUUUGGAUUUAUCACCAAACACCCAGUACUAAACCGAUUUGCUUGUCACGUGUUUGUAUCACAGGAAACGAUGAAACGUGUAGCAGAGUGUGUGGGACGUGCAUUCCAGGAGUAUUACCAGGAACAUCUGGAGUAUGCUUGCCCCACUGAAGAUAUUUAUCUAGAAUAAGAUGACAUCAAACCAAAUUGAAGUGUGGCCAUUUUGAGGCUGCUGGGUAGUCAUUUUCUCUUUUAAACUACUUUUCUUUUACUGUUUCUGAACUGGAAUAUUCUGUUACAACACUUUUCAGAUGUCCGUAGAAAAAAGGUGCCCCUAGAGUCUGUUUGGUCUUAUCAUUUACUCUUAAGAAGAUAAAGGAGGCCAGCGUGGAGCAGAAUUUUUAUUUGGAGAUUCAAACUGAGUUCUGCUGACUUAGAAGAAUGCAAAGCUGAUGUACAUGUUUGACAUUCAUGCAUGACUUCAAAGCGAUGUACAAAAAAUAAUUAGUUUGUUGUUCUUGGAGUGAUGCACCUUUCAAGAGAAAGGCAUAGCCUCUAUGAAAGCAACUGAAAGAACAUCUUGUAAUAUUUAUACAGACAGCCAAUGGAUGUUGGAGACUAAUGGAUCUGGAGAAUAAUUGAAAAAAUGGUUUUAAUCAGAGUUUGGAAUUCUGACUGAGAGAAGCAUGUCUGCCCAGCGUAUAUACUGUCACCACAAGCCUGGAUAAGCAGUUGAACGAAUGAGGCAACAAUGUCAAAAUAUUUGCUGUAUAUAUGUAAAAAUAAGAUGUGAAAGAUACCUUAAAAAUCGGAAAAUUUACCGUUACAGUUACCAGAGAAUACAGUUUUUUAAAAGUGUUUAACUUAAUGAUGGUAAUCUGUUAAUCAACAUAAAGUAUCAUUCAUUAUAGUUUUUAUAUGGUGACUGGAAAGAGUGAAUGGAAGAGCACAACCUUCAAAAUUGUAUGGUAUCAUGUCUGAAGGCAUAUCUGUUAUUAACACAAAGGAUAAACACACAUAUUGUAAUAUGUGAGAAGCCAUCUGAUUUGGUGACUGCACUUUGUCUAAAUUCUGAUGUUGUGAAAGUCGGAUUAUGGGGAAGUGAGCGGAUGCAACAUUCAUUCUCUUUUGAUGGCUAUCUCAAUAGAUGACUUGUCCCUAGGGAGCUUUGUCUGUUUUUCUUUUUUUGUUUUUUGAGGUUCCUACUGUGUUUGAGGCUUAUUCCUUGUGUGCCUAUUGCUAAAUAUGAAAUCCUUUUGUUGCCACUUGUAAGAUUUCAAGUGACAAAAAUAAAAAAAAACAGCUGUUUUGAGACAAAUUAGGAUUGUUGGUAAUGAGGAUCAACAUUUUCAUUUUGUCAGCUUUUUGGUUGCUGUACUGGUAUGUUGUGAUGGAGGGUAUUGAUUAUUGAAAGAAUUUUAUUUUUUAAUGUAAGUGCACGCAGAAAACAUUACUCUAAAUGGGACUGUUACUCACAUUUACAAAAAAAAAACCCAAUUCGUUAAAAGCAGUUAGUUUCACCCCAAAAGUUAAUCUGUUUUCAUAUAGUGUGCAGACAUUUGGAAACUACUAAAUAAAGUGUUGAGCAAGCGUGGGUUACCAGAAUAGCUAGUGUAAGCCCGAAACUAUAAGCGUAACCAUAGUGUGUGAUGCAGUGCAGUUUUUUUUAUAAUCACAUCAUGCUCAACUAAUGUGUCAGACAUUGUUUUAGUGUCUCUAAUUAUUGCUAGAAAGGAAAUGAGUAUACCCACAUCAUGCCAGGAGGGUGAACCUGACCCAACCGUUGUGGAAAUGCCCAAAUCUUUCAAAUCUCUUGAUUUGCAGAGAACGUGGUGAAGAAUGAUUCAUUUGAGCCAGGCAUUUCUCCAAUGCUUGGUAGUCCUUUGUGCAUUGUCAGGUUUAAUUUGUGCUUUGUGCACUGCAAAACGGCAAUAGUAUAUUAUUUUGUAGUAUUCUCAGUGGAACAUUAUUGAUAAACCUGCCUGACAGUGCACAAGAAUGAUAUUAGCACUCAGACGAUGUUGACUUGUUUGUGUGUUCACCCACAAGCAAGAAUACGAAAGAAAAUCCUAAUGCAGAAAUACGAACUGCUAGCCUUUUACUGAGGAUAUUCUCUCAGAGUUCCCUGUUAGCUUAAGAGUGUUCAGAUUUGGUCCUGGGUUGCUACAGUGGAUGCAGGAUGCCUUACAAAAUUCUUAACAAGAAACUAUUUUUUUUUUUGUUUUUUAGUGUCUGCUAUUUAAUUAGAUUUUAAAUUUUUCUAUUUUCUUUUUAAAAAUGUUUUAUUUGAAUCAGUUUGUUAGAGAUAAACACAUGUAUGUGUGAAAAUGAAAACAAUUCAGUUGUUUGGCUGUUGUCUUUUUUGUUAUUUGCAACAUAUGACUCAUUUCUUUUAAAACUACUGACAAGUAAAUCAAUUACAGUGAAAUAAAAUUGUACAAAAUGAAGUGACUCCUAUGAAAGUAUGUGUCUUUCUAUAUCUCAGAGAGGCAAAAUUCUCAUUACUGUUAACUCUAAGACAGUCGAGAGAGCUGUCUGAUUAAAUGACAAGACAGUACCUUCAAAAAUUAGUUGGAACAAAAAUCUGCAGCCACUGCGGCCAUUCAGGACUAAUGCUGAGCAGGCCUGUCCCAGAUAGUGAAUGCCAUGCAUCAUUAAUAAGCUGUGCAGACUUCAUCAAUGGAGCUGUAGCACCAUAGAGGUAACUUCUUGUGACCAUAUUAAGCCUACCCAACAUGUGUAUACAGUACAUAACCGACAACAUAUUGGAAAGUGUCAGCUUUUGAAGUAUUCCCCAUAUUUACUGUAGCACAUCCACCUUUCUGCCAUGUCCUCAAUAUCUUCAGGACACAAACUGCAUUGCCUUCGUUAGAGUAUCAGCCUGUGUCCAAAUGACACAGCGCAAUGUCCCCUGUCUAAGUUCUAAUAAAGGUUCUGUUAUUUUAGUCAAGAGAAGAUAUAAUAUAGCUUAUCUUAUUCAGGAAUGAUAAAUUGAGUACUCCUCGUUUCUGUCAUUAGCAUCCAGAAAGCCUUUUUUACGUAAAAAAGUAUUCAGCCUUCCACCAUCCUUAUGACAAAUGGCUCACUGAUCUGGCACCCUUGGUGGCUUUGGUUUAAAGCUGUUGACAUUCAUCUAGCUCUUAGAAACCUGAGCAGUACCUUUGCAUAUAGCAUUAUGUAACGUCAUAUAUACUUUUUGUUAUAUUCAUUGUGGGCGAGUAAGGAAUCACAAGUCACAAAGAUAUGUUGUAGCGCGAACCCAGUCUUCCCCAUUUACUUCUUAAUGAAUAACAGAAAUACAAGUGCUAAAUGGCAUGGAGGCAAUGAAAUAAACAAAAAGUAGCCACAGUUGUGCUUUGUGUCGUUCUCUUUUCUUUUAGGUCAAUUGUGCAGGAACUCCAUCCCCUGUCGUGCUUUGUUCAGAGUGAUACCUCCUUCUGUCAACCCCAUGAUUUAUAGGCGAGGGUCUCCUUGCUAUUGUGGGAGGAGUAGGAGAGGACAUGAUUAGUGACAGUACAACUUAGAGGAUCCACGAGAGUCAUCCACAGAUGCUCAUGAAUGACAUUAUAAAUAUUUAGCAAGGGAAUAAGGAGAUUAGUGUGCACCAAAUGUGUUUAACACACAUUAUUCUCCUUAUAUAUGAUUUUUAUAAAGUAAUGUAUUAUAUUAAUAUAUUAAAUGCAAGAAAUCUCUUAAAAACCCAAUAAAUAAAUAUAGAAUUCAUCUCAAUGUAUCUUGGGCAUUUACAAAGGAGUGAAUUUAAGCAAGAAACAUCCAUAGGCUUUUUAGCCCUGGUACUAAAUGCCUAAAAUCACUAAAUUGUUUGGAUGGAUUUCUCCUACCAUUCAAAGCAUUCAGAAUGGUUACUCAUGCGUAAUCACCCCAGUCUAAAACUUACAAUAAAGUAGCAUCUCAUUUACAAUUUUAGCCCUACCUGAUCCCUAUUUUUGACAAGAUCUCUUCCAGAUCUUAUAUUAAAAAGUAGAAUGAAUAUGUGAAAGAGAGCAUCAUUUAUUUUUCUGGUGAUCUGAAGUGUUCACCCUAGAUUUUGGCCUCUAUAUAAUUUUGGUCUUUAUAUUGUUGUAAACAUACAGUAUAAUAUUGCAGGUAUCUCUGUCAUACUGUAUAGUCAGUGCUGAACAAAAUAAUUAUAAUAUAUUGAUCUUUUUAAAAUCAUACAGCAUAGCUGUUGAUUAAGGAGCUUUAUGAUAAAUUCCAAAAGAUAAUAAAGGGCUUUGAAAACAAUAGUGAUUGAUAUUGAGGUAGAAAUUACCAUCCAAACCAUUAAAACAAUGUUCAGAAAGUGCACUAGGGAAAUAUAUAAGUGCAUAAAAACAAAAUGAAAUCUGCAAUCAGCAUGGUUAGAGUAGUCUUGGCCAAACUGGGCAGCCCACAGCGAAAGGGUGCUUGUUGCUUCUCCCAGACGCUGCACAGGUUUCUGCUGUCAGCUUCCUCAAAGCUGUUCUAUCAUAAGUUGUUAGCCAUGGGUGAGUACCACAUAUAAUCUGCAUUUUUUAACCUAAUAUGCUUUUACAACAGUAAACCUACAACUUUCAGCCACCAGAUUCUGCAAAAGUCUUAAAUGACUGAAGUCAUAAAUGAUUUUACUCCACCGUAAAUGUGUUUUAGCUGCAGUAUGGAGAGAUAAACCAUAAUUUUGAGGUAGAAUGGUCUUGUUCAAGAGUGUAUACUGAUGACUUCAACUGUACUCUAUUGAAUAACUGGAAAUGAGUAGCAGUAUAUAGAUUCUCACAACCAGAAAUGUAUGUGCAUCUGUUCUGGUGGUGUGGUGGAAUUUGGCAUAGCCAUACAAUCUCAUUCUGCAAAUUAUUGUAUCUUCUAUCCUCAUGUGAUUGUUUGAAAAGAAAUAACCUUUUCUGUUUUUUAUAAGAUGUUGAUCCUGACUACAACAUACAGUGCAUUUUUCUCCUUUGCAGCCAAUUUUCACUUAAGUGGCAUUAACAGUCCAUAAUCAAGUCUAAAGGUGAGGCAUUUUGACAUAAGAAUAAAGAUGCAUUAUUAGGAAUAAAAUGUAAUCUUUAUGAAAUUAUUCUAAAUACUUUGAACCUGAAAAUAAACAAAGAUUGUUAGGAAUUUUGUGUUUAUCAAUGUCCUACAUAAUAUAAUAAUGUAUAGUAGGCAUGCAUAGUGACCCAGAAAAUAUAUAUAUAUUUUUUAAAUUUCCUUUUUACCUUUAACAAUAAAUUGUCAAGAUUGGAUUUUAAUUUCAAAAUAACACACUUUUUGUUCUUGUCUUUAAUAAACUAGAAAAUUGAAGUUUUGUUUGUUUUUUCCCCCAUUAUCAUUUGGCAAAGAACAUAUAUUAAAGAAACAUGAAGGUUGCAUUUUUAAGAGGUGGCAAGAAGAAUGUAAAGAAGUGAUUUAGCUACACUUCCAAAGUGCGUUAAGAUGCUAAAGCACUGUAUACAUAUGUACAGACUAGAUUAGCAAAUUAAAUUGUGGUGUUUAUAUGUGCAGCAGUCUUGCAUUUAGAGAAACAAUGUAAUUUGCUUUUAUCUUUCCCAACAUGUUAACUAAUAGUGUUUUCAUGGUAAGCAAAGGUAGUGCGUGAAAAUGGAAUAUGAUUGGAGUAGCAAGCUACAAAAUCACAGACAAACUCAACAACAAACGUGACUCUGCAUUCUUCAUCUGCCAUGUUCUAGAGGAUAUAAAUUAUUGUUUUAAAAUGGACUUUUGUAAAUCUAGAACUCUGACACAGGUAUUGAAGAAGCUGUUUUCCAUUAAGGGAAUAGUUGAUUUGUACAUGCAUUGGCCCACUAAUGACCUUCAUUUUUCAACGACAGUAGCAUUACAUGGUAUGUGAAAUGCAUUUUGCACAAAUUCUGACAAUAUUUGUCCAGCUGUUUGCAUUAACAUGCUUGUGCCACGCAAACUCAUGCUGAAUGCAGUACACGUAUUAUAGAUACAAAUUUUACCUGCUCAAGGGUACUGCUGAACUUUUGUAGAGCUGUCAGAACUCAGCCUAUUUAAACAACAACUUGUAUAGCAUUUGCUUACACAAAAUGCCUUGCAAAGUUGCCAUAUGUAAAAAAAAGAAGAAAAAAAAACUAUUCCCUUGCUUUGUAAAUCUGCUUCAAGGAUAAAGUCUCUGUUUUGUUAAAAAAAUAAAUAAAAAAAACAUUUAGUCUCUUCAUCCUUCCCUCCCCUUUCCUUACAAGUCUGUUCUACAAAGCCUCCUACAGAUUCUUUAGUCUGUAUAACUCAUGAUGAUGUAACCUCAACAUUUAUUCAAUGUAUACCUAUAACACAUCAGUAUGUAAUAAAUAAUAUUUAUCCUGUAUCUUUAAAAAUUGACUUGUAAAAAGAAAACAAAACUUUAUUCACACUGCCUUGUCAUGGUCUUAUGAAUAAAAUAUAUGCUUGAUGUCAAUGAACAGUUGAA